AAUUUUCUUCGCGUUGGAGUUGCCCAAGCAGACAACCCACACAUUUUGUUGGGGCUCUCUAACCUGGGACUCACAGAAUAUCAUCAGUUACACAACUCAAAUUUCCUCUAUGCUCACUCAGAUUGCUUUUGUUUUCUGUUUGAUUCACCUAUAAUGCGUCCAAAUCUCCUGAUUUCAACUCUCACUCUCUUUUUAAUGCCUUUCUUCUCUUCAGGUAUGCUAAAUCCAUAUGCUUCUCAUACUCUCUGCUUUUUCUUGCUGCCUACUUCUCCAGCUCUUUGACGACUUUGACACUGAGAUCAGCCACUGCAGGUGGUUCUGUAGCAUAAGUUCUCAAGGGUUCUUCCGUAGAAGGAAGACCUUUUGAAUUGCGGUACUGUUGUGUGAAUUCUCAAGAGUCUUCUAAAGAUGGGUUCCAGAUUCCCAUCUCAUCAGCUUAGCAAUGGCCUAUAUGUAUCAGGACGGCCAGAGCAGCCCAAAGAGAGGACACCAACAAUGACCUCGACAGCAAUGCCAUACACUGGCGGAGACAUCAAAAAGUCUGGAGAACUGGGGAAAAUGUUUGACAUUCCUGUUGAUGGUUCGAAAUCUAGGAAAUCUGGACCAAUAACAGGAUCUACUUCGAGGACAGGGUCUUUUGGAGGAGCUGGUUCUCAUUCAGGACCAAUUCAACCUAAUAAUGCUACUCGGGUUGUCUAUACUUCCGGUCCUAUGACCUCUGGAGGCAUGCCUGGGUCAGCUUCCAUGAAGAAAUCAAAUUCUGGACCUCUGAAUAAGCAUGGGGAACCUAUAAAGAAGUCUUCUGGUCCUCAGUCUGGUGGAGUAACACCAACUGGGCGUCAAAACUCUGGACCUCUUCCUCCUGUUCUUCCUGCAACAGGUCUCAUUACAUCUGGCCCCAUAUCAUCUGGCCCGCUAAAUUCUUCAGGGGCACCUCGGAAAUUGUCUGGUCCUUUGGAAGCCACAGGUUCAAUGAAGUUGCAAGGGUCUGCUGCUGUUCAUAAUCAUGCUAUAACUGUCCUCAGUCAAGAUGAUGAUUAUUCCUUCAAAAGGAACUUUCCCAAGGCAAUGUUAUGGUCAUUAAUUCUGCUUUUUGUGAUGGGGUUCAUUGCUGGUGGUUUUAUUCUAGGAGCAGUGCACAAUCCCAUUCUCCUUAUUGUUGUUGUGGUGCUUUUUGGCUUAGUUGCUGCAUCGUUCACUUGGAAUACUUAUUGUGGAAGAAGAGCUAUUAUGGGUUUUAUUGGUCAUUAUCCAGACUCAGAGCUUAGAACAGCAAAAAAUGGGCAAUUCGUGAAGGUCUCUGGAGUUGUUACCUGCGGUAAUGUUCCUCUUGAGUCAUCUUUCAAUAAAGUCCCUAGAUGUGUAUAUACAUCAACGAGUUUAUAUGAGUACCGAGGAUGGGAUUCAAAAGCGGCCAACCCUACACACCGCCGAUUUACUUGGGGCCUUAGAUCACUGGAAAGGCGCGUGGUUGACUUUUACAUCUCAGAUUUUCAGUCUGGUUUGAGAGCAUUGGUUAAGACUGGGUAUGGAGCAAGGGUAAACCCUUAUGUUGAUAACUCAAUCGUUAUCAAUGUGAAUCCAGUGCAAGAAGAGCUGUCUAUGGAGUUCCUCAGGUGGCUGGGUGAAAGAAAUCUUUCAAGGGACGAUCGCAUCAUGCGGUUGGAGGAAGGGUAUAUUAAAGAAGGAAGCACGGUAAGUGUGAUGGGGGUUGUUCAGAGGAACGAGAAUGUACUCAUGAUUGUUCCUCCAUCUGAGCCAAUCACCACAGGAUGCCAAUGGAGCAAAUGUAUUUUUCCUGCAAGCCUUGAGGGUAUUGUUCUCAGAUGUGAGGACACGUCGAAGAAUGACGUGAUCCCCGUCUAAGCAAGCAAUACUCGCAAUGUGUGUGACUGAUGAGAAGAAUGUUUGCAUCAUCUAAUGGGUCCUUCUCACUUCAAAGAAGUAUAAUUAUCCCCUCUAGUAUUAGUGGUGGUGGGAUAUCUUAUUAUUAUUAUUAUUAUUAUUAUUAUUAUUAUUAUAUUCAAGCUUUAAGGUGGUGGCAAGGUUGUGUUCUUUUUUCUACGUGCUAGAUUGUUGUAUAGUUAGCUUGUUCAGGGUUGGUUUGGUAUUAUUAUUCUUCGUUUAGGGAAUUGUAAGCUUGGCUAACGCUAAUAUGUUUGAUGUUGUGAGAAAAAAAAGAUCACGUGUUUGGUGAUAUUGCAGUAUGAAAAGUUAGUUGCUCAUUGAUUCUAAUAGCAUUGUGUGACUGUAUUGUUAAUUUGACAUACUGGGAUAAGGUGCUGGUGCUGGUGGUUGUCAUUA